AUUUCUCAGUCACCAAGCUAGAUGGCGCUGUAGCCCAACAGAGUAGGAAAAGCCUGUUCACGCAUGUUGUCUUUCUGCCACUCAUUGACUGGUGUGAGAGAGGCAACAGCUAGCUAAUAUAACCUCAUGUGAGACUUGAGGAUAUUUAAAACAUGCUUCACUUUUCAGUUUGACUGGUGUUAUAUGCUAGCCUCACAGGUGUCAGUGUUUUGAACGUAUUUUGUGGUUGUUCUCAAGUGUGUCGGUUGGUGUUAUGCUGUCCUGGGUUAGCCAGCAAGGUAACGGUACAGUAAGCUAACCUUAGCAAGCUAACAACACCAGUUAAAGUUACCUUCACAUAGUUGUGGCAUAAAUUCGAUGUAAAAACUUACCUCUGCUUUUCCUUUCGUUAGUUUCUUAUGUAACUUGACGUUACAUUAAAGGCAAAUACAGAUAAAUGUGGCUAAAGAUUCAGUUCAGAUAUAGCGAAUCCCAUUGAGAAAUCAGUCCACUGACAUAAUGAACUUGCAGUGUAUUCUCACAGGGAAAUGUUGUUUAGUCGCGGUAAAUCAUUGUGAAAAUGUCUGAAAUUUGACGUAAUGGGAAUAGCUGACAGUCUUUUUUUAUGGGCCGAUUGAAAACAAGUCACAGUUUAAGUACAUUAGGUCGUUAUUUGUCGCUUUUCUUUAAUAAGUUGUUGAACUUUGUCACAAUGCGACGACUUUUAACACGAGUCAUAAACCGAGUUUUGCUGAGUGAGCUGUUCACACCAGCAAUGGGCAUUGAAGCAGAAAUACACACACAAGGCCGGCGAAGGCUGGUGGUGGGGCUGGGUAACCCGGGGAUGGAGGGUACCAGACACAGCGUCGGCAUGGCGGUGCUCAGCGCGCUCGCCGCCCGGCUCGGCGCGGCUGACUGUUGGCACGGUGACAAGCACGUGUCCGGUGAGGUCAUCGUGUCAGAGGUACAACACACACGUGUGGUGCUGCUCCGUCCCAGGCUGCUGAUGAACGUCAACGGAGUGUCAGUGGCCAAAGCAGCUGGUAAAUACGGCAUCAAGCCUGAAGACAUCCUGCUGGUCCACGACGAACUGGACAAACCUCUGGGGAAAAUCGCCAUCAAACACGGAGGAAGUGCCAGAGGCCAUAACGGAGUCCGCUCCUGUGUAGACUGUCUUCAGACUGAUGUGAUGCCCAGACUUCGGGUCGGGAUCGGCCGGCCCACAGGGAAAACCUCGGUGGAGCGUCACGUCCUGGGCCGGUUCUCCUCAGAGGAGCAGAAGGUUCUGGACUCUGUUCUGGCUCAGAGCGUGGACCUCCUCCUCUCCCAGCUCUCCGAGCAAGACUCCCGACAGGACUCCCAGUCCCCCUCCUCACCAGCAGGGGGCAGACAAGCAGCACAGAAGAGGAAGGAGAGGGAGCGCUCAGCCUCUCCAGCUGAGGACUCAGCUGCUCACAGCUGAACCCCAAAGUUUCUCAACUCAACUGUUUUCAAGAUCAGAAGGAGACAAGAUGAACCUUUACUGAGGCUGUAUUUAUUCUCUGCUGGGAGUUAAAGGCGACACACACUUCUACAGAGCAUGAUAACGGCUCAAACCCUGCAGCAGGAGCAGAGGUGUCACCACAAAAACAGGCCAACCGUUCAAAAGGGAUGGAUGCCACGGCCGAACUAAUUCUGUGUGAAUUCAUUUAAAAAAGAUAAUUUACUCUAUCAAAUGUCAAAAACAAUGACUGUUCACUAACACAAGUUGCCGGUCUGAACAGUAUUGAUUAGUAUGGAUUGCUAACACCAAGGAGGUUGUGUUUUUACUCAUAUUUGUCUGACUGUUGGUUGCCAUUGAUACCUCGAGAACCUGUGAACAGAUUUCAGUAAGAUGCGUUGUAACGUUGGUGUGGAGCCAAGAAUUUAUUAAGGGAAUCUAACACUGCAAGAUGGGACAUUUUUGAAAUAUUUUUGCAAUUUUCUGAUGAAAUACUGAACACGAAUGGAAGAAACAAUUGUCAGGUACAUGAAUCCCAUGGUUGUAGAUUAAAGACUUCUCUAUAGUUAUUCUGAUUUAAAACAACAAGUUAAGAGGACUGUGCAGCCUUUGUGGAGGUAUGCAGUGGAGCCCAACUGAUUGCUUUUCUCUCAGGCCAAACCACUAGCAAUAAUUGAGUUUGAAAAAUCAGAAAACAACAUAUCAGCUGAUUUUUCACUUAUUUUAGCAUAAACACAGAAAUGUGCUGAGCGAGAUAUUUUAGUUGAAAAAUAAACCUUCAGUGCUCUCUGGUGGACAAACUGAUGGAGAUGGGCUUCAUGCAAAAAAAAAAAAAAUCAUGUUCUUAUCCUAAAUCUAGUUUUUGUUUUGUUUUGUUUUUUCUCUCUCUCUCUCUGAGGUUUGCCAAUAAUGUCAGAUUCAACAAACCCUCCUAACUGCAUAAACGUGUUGUUAAUCACUUGUUUAUGAGAAGGGGCGUGUCACUAGCAUAAUCAGCGCCCCCAAAUUGCCAUAUAAAGCUAACUGCUCCGCUCUGUUUGUGAUGAAGCUUGCCCCAGAGUAAAAAGAAGACUCUGACACAUCGUAGCUUCCAGCCCUGCGGACAGAAAUACAGACGAAAACAUGAGAUUGUUGUUGUUAUUGUCAUUAUAUGCUUUGAUACCGACGUAUCUGCGAUAAGCUGCUAUCAGCUGAAAUAGCAGCAGCAAACUACAAUCACAGCACUGGAUUGCUAACAGUAAGCAGUGGUGUGUGGCCCCUCACAUGAAUCACCAGGGGACAUUUGUGAACACACACACUGUUAACUGUAUUUCAGUCAGUUUUUAUUACAUUUUGAUGCAGAAUGGAUCUUUGUUGGGUUGAUUCUCUACUCGAGGAGACGUCUUUCUAACAGCAGCUGGACUUUAGUGCUCUUUUCUUUCAGUACCUCAUAUUUUGGCAUGGUGCAUCUUACAGCUGUAGUCAGGAGGUCAAAACUGGGCCUAAAAAUGCCAAAUGCCAUUUGUCUGUACUGUAUGAAAUGCUCUUCUGAAGUGUGAGCACUGUAAAUGUCUUAUUUGGUACUGAUAUAAAAGAUUAUCAAAACAACA